GGUAACUAAAAGUUACAGAAUAACGUGUUAGGAAGAUUAUCGUAGUGAUGAAUUGAUGACUAGAUUUGGUACAGUAAAUUGGAGUAAGAUAUAUUUGUAUUCAUUUUCACGUAAAUUUUACAAAUAUAUAAUGACGAAUGAAGACAUAGUGUGGGAGGAAUUAUCAGGCCUCCCAGCAGAUCCGCCUGAUAUGCGAGACAAGUGUAUUCAGUGCAGGAGGCCAGUUGCAGUUUGCUGGUGUCCAGGUUUGCCAAAGAAUCCUUUGAAUCCAGCAUCGAGAUUGAUCAUUCUGCAGCAUCCUGCUGAAGUUAAAAGAUGUCUUCGAACAGCACCCAUGCUCACUCUUGCUCUAGAGCAUGGCAAGUGCCUGACGUUUAGGUACAGGAUCAAAAAUAUUGCCUUGUCAGGAUCCAAAUUAAUAUAUUUUUUUAGGGGCAAAAAGUUUCCACUUCCAAAACAUGAAGGUUUAACAGAAAUACUGAAAGAUGAGAAUACAGUUUUACUUUAUCCUUCACCUGGAGCUAUUGCCUUGGAUGAACUUACUCCAGUUGGAACUAAUGCGCAGAAACCGUACAAUUUAGUACUAUUAGAUGGUACUUGGCCACAAGCAAAAGCUAUUUAUCACUCCAGCCCUGCUUUGUAUUUCUUACGAGCUUGCAAGCUUGUAGGAGUAUCAACUAGUGAAUAUGUUAUAAGAACACAGCCCACAGAAGGGUGCUUAUCUACUUUGGAGACUGGUGCACUUGCACUUUCCAUUUUAGAAAGGACACCAAGAAUUAAAGAGGAAAUGCUGGGUCCACUUCAUUACCUCUGCAGAUUUCAAUUAGAAAAUGGUGCUGUAACACAUCAGAGUAAAGAGUUUCUAAUAAAACAAAAAUCUUAUCCAAAAUUAAUUGGUAAAAGGCUAGCAAAGCAACUUCGCGUAUUAUCCGAGGAGCCUUAAUCAAUAAAAUAUAUUGUUACACAGUGAAGAAUUUUUAUAUCAUGAGGACAAAAUAAAGUUAAUUUCAGAAAAUAUUAAACACAGUUUUAUU